CCGCGACGUCAUUUCCGGCGCGAGGGCCCGGACCGGCCGGGCGGGGGUGCGGGUCGCUGGUGCGCGCGUUGCCGCCGAGGCUCCCGCCGCCGCCGAGUGACCCGCGCUCCGCCCCGUAGCCGGGGCCGUGAGUGCAGAGACUCGAACUCGGGCCCUCCUGCAUGCCGGCACGCGCCGCGCCACCGAGCUGCACCCCCGUCCUUGAUGAGUUAGUGGCGCUCCCCGGGCCUGGGGCUGGGCUGGACCCGCGCCACUUCCGAUCCGACUCGUUCCCCUGCCGCCAGCCACGGGGCGCGGGGUGACCGGCUCGGCGCCCCCAGGGCCCCCGGGAGCCCAUGUCCGAGGAAAGCGACUCCCUGCGCACCAGCCCGUCGGCCGCGUCCCUCUCGGACCAUGAGCUGCCGCCGCGCCCCGCGCCGCCGGGCUACGUGUGCUCGCUGAGCGAGGAGCUGGUGGCGCGGGCCCGCGAGGAGCUGCAGGAGAAGCCGGAGUGGCGGCUCCGGGACGCGCAGGCCCUGCGGGACAUGGUGCGCAAGGAGCACCCGCACCUGGGCACCGCGCUGGACGACGCCUUCCUGCUGCGCUUCCUCCGCGCCCGCAAGUUCGACUACGACCGCGCGCUGCAGCUGCUGCUCAACUACCACGGCUGCCGGCGCAGCUGGCCCGAGGUCUUCACCGACCUGCGGCCCUCGGCCCUGCGCCACGUGCUGGCGUCCGGCUUCCUCACCGUGCUGCCCCGCGCCGACCCCCGCGGCUGCCCCGUGCUCUGCCUGCGCCCAGACCGGUGGGUGCCCAGCAGCUACCCCAUCACCGAGAACAUCCGAGCCAUCUACCUGACGCUGGAGAAGCUCAUUCAGUCUGAAGAGACCCAGGUGAAUGGGAUUGUCAUUCUGGCCGACUACAAAGGAGUGAGCUUGUCCAAAGCGUCUCAUUUCGGCCCUUUCAUAGCCAAAAGGGUGAUUGGCAUCCUCCAGGAUGGCUUCCCUAUUCGGAUCAAGGCCGUCCACGUCGUGAACGAACCUCGGAUCUUUAAGGGCAUCUUUGCCAUCAUCAAACCGUUUCUGAAGGAGAAAAUAGCGAGCAGAUUCUUCCUCCACGGGUCCGACCUGAGCUCCCUGCACGCCAGCCUGCCCCGGAGCAUCCUCCCCGACGAGUACGGGGGCACGGCCGGGGAGCUCGACAUCUCCUCCUGGAGCGAGGUGCUGCUGGCGGCCGAGGACGACUUCGUGCGGGAGUUCUGCCAGGCCUCGCCCGCAGAAGACAGCGUGCCGGGCCAGGCCGGGCCGCCCGAGGGGCUGGCCGCGGGGGCGCAGUGCGACGACUCCCUGCGGGCGGUGAAGGCCCAGCUGUACGCCUGCUACUAGGCGGGCCGGGCCGAGGGGUCCGGAGUCAGUCCUGCGCCUUGCAACACGGCGGGGGGCAGGGGGCGGUCUGCCCUUAGGUCCUCGAAUGGCUCCGCAGGGAGCGUCCCCAGUGAUUAUUCCGGAACAUUCCAGAACAUCCCAGUUAUCAGUCUGGAAACCGCCUUUGGUUCUUCAUCACUUCGGAGCAAAGAACAGCGAGGACUGAAGUCUCGCCAGGGCCACAGCCCAGGGCCACCACGAUCCUCAGGAACAGUCCGGCCGGGCCCUCGAGGGCCACCCGCGAUACUGGGGUCUCGGCGUCUUCCGCACGAACCUUACCGCAGACGUCUGCCGCCCAGGCGCCGCCCAUGUGAGGCCCGGGACUGGAGAGCGGGUGUGUGACUAGGCCCCGCACCGAGUCUGGAGCGCGCAGUAGACCCCGAUGUUUCCCCGACCCAGGAGGUCUUGGCCCCGGUUCUCAGCAGACCCGCACCCCACCUCAAGGACCGGGGGUCAGGCCUGGGCUCUGGCCCUCGUGUCAAGGCCCAGAGCGGGCGUGUGGCUCCUGGCCGCCCCUUCCGGGUGAGACUGGAGGACAUCGGGGCCGAGCAGGCGGGCAGUCACCGUGCGCUGGGCUCCUGCCCGCGAGGAGACUCCGGGCCUUCCCGAGAAUGACGGGGACACUCCUGGGGCUGGGCAGCGCUGUCCCACCUGCCGUGGGGCAUGGGGAGGCUCCAGGGUGAGAGUCCGUCCCGACGGGCCGCCCCCACGGGGCACGCUGCCCUCCGGUCCCCGCACACGCCUGCAAGGACACGCUGGUCUGGUGCCGCUGCCCGAGUCCUCUCGGCGUAGACAGGCCGGUCUGGAUGCUCGCGCUGGGCCGAGUAUCAGUUCUGCAUCUGAGCACUUUAGACGCCAGGCAGGAGUCCCGCCCGAGCCCGGCCCGGCGAGUCGGUCACCGGGCUGGCUUUCCUCUGGCCUGUUCCCUUCCACGCCGGGGAGCCUCCGCCAAGCGUUUGUCACACGCGCCGGGCCGGGUGGACGGCGGUUCGGGAGGGCCACCGGACUCGGAAAUCCAGGGGCUGCUCUGCCGUGAGCGGCUGGCCCUCCCGUGGCACUUUACCAACCGGAGAAGCCGGUGGCCCCGUGGUGCUCAUUCCAGCGGGUCGCUCUCCGGGUGCUUGAGACGAUGGAUGUGACCGGGCAGUGCUGAGAGAUCCAGAUAGCACAAGGGCCACCGGCGCUCAGAACCCGGGUGGGGGUGGGGGGGGGACCCUGAGGUGCCACGAGGCUGGGACAACAGGGAGCACAGGAACUAGACAGACGGAAUCGUCAGCGCCCCACUCCACUCCCCACGGGUUUGCAGACUAAACAAGGGCCUUCCUGGCUCUCCGUGCCAGGCUUAGCGUGGAGAGAGGCUGGUUGAGAGAAACGACCCCCUUCCUGUGGGGCCAGGGAGGCGGUUGCUUCCGCUCCUGACAGGUGGCGGCACCCGGCUGGCACCUCCCGGCCGGACUGGCGCUCUGCUGGGCACAGCAGAUGGUUGGCACAGCUGUCAGGGCUGGACCCGCCCCGCUGUCAGCAAGGCCUCCUCGGGCGAUGAUCAAGGGGCUCCCAAGGCAGUUGCCCCCGCUGGGCUGAGAGGAGGGCGCGGGGGGUAGGCGGCAUCCCCAGUGGGCAGCAGGUGGGGAGCCAGGGGUGGCUCUGGCCUAGUUUGCCGCCCCCCAGGGCCCUCCACCCCUCUUCCUGGCCUCUGCCUGGCAGGAGCUUCUGGAGGCUUCUUUCUUCUCCCCUGAGGGGUUGGUUAGGAAAUUCAGGUUUGAAUGACUUGGCCCCGUGAGCACCCAAGCCUGUCAGCUGGGGUUCCGGGGUGCCCGGCGCCCCCUCCCCACCCGCACUGCUGUGUCUCUCCCGGCCCUGUUCUCCUUCACAGGGAGGGGCUGGAGGAAACCGCGAGGACCAAGCGCGUCCCAGACCCCUGGCUGCCGGGCUUCUGCUCCCCCAGGCCUUCUGCCUUCGCGGGAGCCGCGCGCCUCAGAUGCGAGGCUCCUGCUGGAAGAAAUGGGGGGGUGGAAGAGGCUUGCUCCUGCCAUCCUGAGAGACGGAGGACCCUCCGGAAUCACCGCAAGUGGACAAGUGUGCGCCAUAGCCACCAGUUCUCAGACCAGCCAUGGGGACACGGUUUCAUCGGGGUGGGAACAUGUAAGCCACCAUCGGCAUUGUUACAACUCAUUUUUCAGCCAUUUUAGGUUUUUCCCCCUUUUCUGUUUGUUUUUGUGUUUUGGGGUCACACCCAGCAAUGCUCAGGGGUUACUCCUGGCUCUGCACUCAGUAAUUACUCCUGGCAGUGCUCGGGGGACCACAUGGGAUGAUGGGGAUUGAACCCGGGUCGGCCCCAUGCAAGGCAAAGCGCCCUCCCCCACUCCCCACUGUACUAUCUCUCCGGCCCCCUAGGUUUUUCCCCAGAAAAUGAUUUUUUUUUUUAAUCCGGGAAGAGAAACGUUAGCCAGGGCCGUGGGGGUGCCUGAGGGGUAGACACCUGCCGGAGGGCCACGGCAGCAGUCCAGCCGAGCUGUCACUGCAGGGAGCCCCUGGUCAGCGUGUGGCAGACCUGGAGUCGGUUCCCUCCUGCUCUCUGCUUGGCCCGGGGAAGCAUUUCCGCCGUGGGGCACUUGCCGUGCGGGCACGAGACCUGGGGCCUGUCCCCAGCUCCGAAACGCGUGGUUUGUUCCGAGUGCAAGUGGCCGAGCCCAGGGCCCUUCCCCAGGGAGGCCCACGGGAGCUGGCGCGAGGUGGCACUGAUGGAGAUCUUCCGAUUGCCAGUUUGCUGCGUGGCCCUUCUGGCCCCCGGGCAGCCUCGUCUGUAGGGGACUCAGCGUGUCGGGGGUUCUUGGGGCUCGGCCCUGGCAGAUGGGGUGAGAACCUGUCACAAGUGAGAUUCCCGAGGUUUCCCCCUGGGGCCCAGAGCCCCUGACACCAGGCUGCAGAGGGGACAGAGGGACCCGUCUCUGGCCGGCUGGGGCACCAUCUCAGCCACGGGUCACCUUCCUUCCAGCUGAAGCCCAGUUUGGCCCGGGGUGUAGGGACAAAAGGUGGUGAAUUCCUCGACGUCAGUGUUUUGACCAAAAGUUUUAUUUUUCUAGUGCGUUUUCUAAGUCACCGUGGUGGAGACUUGUCCCUUGAGUAUGCAUGACUGGGUCUGAAAUAAAAACUCCUGUCAGAUGA